ACUGUGGGAAUCGUUUUUAGAGAACUUGUUGAGUUCCAAUAGUGAGGGAUGAAAGUAGGUAUUGUUAUUCUGGGCCUUCUGGCGAUUUCGGUGUCAACUGUUCAGCCUGCAAGAAAUAGACUUGCGCUUUGUUAUCUGCCCCAGCAAUUCGGUAAAUGUGGAGGCCAUCGCUUGAUGUGGGCCUUUUCCAAUCAGCAACAAAUGUGCGUCCCAUUUGUUUUCUCAAACUGCGGAGGCAAUGAAAAUCGCUUUUUUACCAAGGAAAAGUGCGAAAAAACUUGCGCAAUACUUCAUAAUCGAUUUGUGCAUGCUAAUUAAUUUUCGGACGGAAAGAUAAUAAACAUAUGCAUGAUAUUGUAAGGAUAUAUAUUAUUCAAAUAAACUGCUUUAGACAACA